AGCACUGAACACAAGUCAGCUCAAAGCUCUCAGCAUCGAUAUGCUUCCAGGAUACCGGGACCCGUACUCUUCCAGGCCAUUAACCAGGGGAGAGAUCGGCUGCUUCCUUAGUCACUAUUACAUCUGGAAGGAGGUAGUGAACAGAGAGCUGGAGAAGACACUCGUUAUUGAGGACGACGUGCGCUUUGAACAUCAGUUUAAAAGGAAGCUCAUGAAGCUGAUGGAUGACAUUGAAGAAGCCCAGCUAGAGUGGGAGCUUAUCUACAUUGGCCGGAAAAGGAUGCAAGUGCAGGAGCCUGAGAAAGCAGUUCCCAAUGUCAUGAACCUGGUGGAAGCUGAUUACUCGUACUGGACCCUGGGCUACGCAAUCUCUUUCCAAGGGGCUCAGAAACUCAUCGGAGCAGAGCCUUUUGGCAAGAUGCUGCCUGUAGAUGAAUUCCUGCCGGUCAUGUACAACAAGCACCCUGUAGCAAAGUACAUGGAGUACUACGAGUCCAGAGACUUGAAAGCCUUUUCAGCAGAACCCCUGCUCGUUUACCCCACCCACUACACAGGGCAGCCAGGCUACCUCAGCGACACAGAGACCUCUACAAUCUGGGAUAACGAGACCGUGUCGACGGACUGGGACAGAACACACUCCUGGAAAUCCCGGCAGCAGGGCAAGAUCCACAGCGACGCCCAGAACAAGGAUGCCCUGCCCUCCCAGUCGUCUCUCAAUGCACCGUCCUCCAGGGACGAGCUAUGACUGCCCGCUUCCCCUGGGACUCUCUUGACAGCUGGACCUGCCUCACACUUCGGCUUUUCACCCUUGAAAGUUGUAGAGCAGCUCUUCAUGCGGUCUCCUUCCCACGGCUUCGGAUGGCAAAGCGC